AUGUGGCUGACCCUCUCCCUCAAGUGGGAACUAUGCGCCAGAGAACAUAUCAUUACGCAAACGGUUAGCCAACUGGAUCUCCCUUCGUAUCAGAAAACUCGAGAGAUGCUAUCUCAGGAGCUCAUUCAGGAGUCCUCAGUCUCCUCCUCUCGGGCGCGGACCACGAUCAGCAGCAUAUCAUCAGAUAAGAUAGAUCGUGUCAGGUUCCAAACACUAACAUGGACUAUUGCGACGGUCGACAAUCUUACCGGCACUGGAUCACUACAAUUGAUUAGGACUGUCACUCUAAGCCCCCAACGUCUAUAUUCCAGAGUCAGCUUGGUCCAACGCCAAAUAUUUGAGUCGCUGGGGUUCCCCUGCGAGAGCUUCAGGCACUUCGAUUUUAUGCCGUAUCGCCCUACGCUCGAACAAGCUGAGCCAGGAUUUGCGGUAGUACCUCGCGCCUGUGCUAUAGCCUAA